UUUUUUAUUUAUUAUUAAAUGUCAUGCUUUCUUGGCACAGGGACACUCUCAGGGCAAGUGCAGACCCUCAUAGGUGCCAGGGGCCCUGUCCUGGGACUCCAUAUGCAGGUGUGCCUGACCCUGCCUCUCCCCAGGCUUGUACCAGGCAUCCUGCAGGUAGCAAGUGGCAAAGGUUGCUGGAUGGGGAGAGGGCAGCUGAAUACCUGAUCUGGAAGGCAGGACCACAUGCAAGCUAAGGCUCCAAGCCACCGGCACAUGCUCCAUUGUUCCGCCAGACUUCACUCAAACAACACAGAUGCAAAGGUAACAUUAAGAAUUUUAAGACAGUGAACACAGAACAUGAAACCCCUCACCUGGGGUUUCUGAGGGCAGGGAGGGGUGCUCGGACAUAAGCUGGCUCUGAUGAGAGGGGUGUGCAGACCACCAGCCCUGGUGCAGGCCACCAGCCCUGGAGCUGACCACGGUCACUCAGGCUGCUGGUGGGUCUCCCUUCUUGUCCUGGGCCUCUGGUACUGAGGACACACUAUGCCCAUGGCCCUCCCUGAUUUGAUCCCUCACAGCAUUGCUGGAUAUUAUUGCAUUAACAAAGCCAUCCCUCUGAUUUCCUGUCCUUGAGUGACAAGGGUCAGAAAUCAAAUGACCUGCUCACUUGGGAACAACGCCAAGCAGGUGGUACCCUGGCAAGGGCAGGGAGCUCAGAUUCCACCAGCCACCCACGCUGUUCCCAGCCCUGAAAUUGGGUGCCCCUCAGCCACAGGGAGUGGACAUCUGGCUGCUCUCAACUUACAAACAGAGUAAGGCUCAGGUCUAGAGUGCUUUCUUCACACCUGCCGUACACCAGAGCUCCAGCCAAGUGCUUUUGCCUCUCCUGUACGCCGGGAGACAGCAGCACCCCUUCAGCCACUGGGUGCUGAUUAUGUGCUAAGCAGCUUCCUGCACGAUCUGAUCGAAUUGCCCAACUCUGUGAAGGCACGUCAAAACGCUUUAAUACAGACCUGAAAGAAGAGUAGACAAGUAGACUGGUCUUCAGCACCAUAGGCUUUUAUUGCCACAGACCAUCAGCACUGAGUCCUUUGGUGGUGUCAGCCAGCUGUGAGUGCUCAGUAAAACCUGCCAGGCCUGUCCUUGCUCCUUUGGGCUGGUAACGACAUGGCAGCAGCAGCUUUCUCCUGCUUCGUGGGUAAAGGACAGCCUGUAGGGUGGGAAGGAGGAAAUCUAGUCUUCUCCAUUCUCCCAGGGGCCCUUAUCUAUCUUGCCAAAGACUCUGUGGUCAGACGUUUUAGCCCCAACACUUCCUAACAGAGGAAUCUUAAACAAGGGUUCCCAGAGCCUCGCUGAGCCUCGCUUUUCCACUCCUGUGAAGUAGGAGCACCAGUUCCAGCCCUGCCCAUCUCAGAGGGACUGGGGACAAGGAGCCCGUGCCCUUGUAAGGCUGGCAUGCAGGAUGGCAGGACAGCCCAGCCACAUGUCCCAUGGAGGGAGCCCAAACAACCUCUGCCACACCCCGGGGCCUGCGCACCCUCCUGACCCACAGAGGCACCCUAGCACCUUGACUUUUCGCUGCUCACUGGCAGACUUCCAGAUUGAAAAGAAGAUAGGCCGAGGACAAUUCAGCGAGGUGUAUAAAGCCACCUGCCUGCUGGAUAGGAAGACAGUGGCUCUGAAGAAGGUGCAGAUCUUUGAAAUGAUGGACGCUAAGGCAAGGCAGGACUGUGUCAAGGAGAUUGGCCUUCUGAAGCAACUGAACCAUCCAAACAUCAUCAAGUAUCUAGACUCGUUUAUCGAAGACAAUGAGCUGAACAUUGUGCUGGAACUGGCCGACGCUGGUGACCUUUCCCAAAUGAUCAAGUACUUUAAGAAGCAGAAGCGGCUCAUCCCCGAGAGGACUGUGUGGAAGUACUUCGUGCAGCUGUGCAGCGCUGUGGAGCACAUGCACUCACGCCGCGUCAUGCACCGAGACAUCAAGCCUGCUAACGUGUUCAUCACAGCUACUGGCAUUGUGAAGCUUGGUGACCUCGGCCUGGGCCGCUUCUUCAGCUCCGAGACCACUGCAGCCCACUCCUUAGUUGGGACGCCGUACUACAUGUCACCAGAGAGGAUCCAUGAGAAUGGUUACAACUUCAAGUCCGACAUCUGGUCCCUGGGCUGUUUGCUGUACGAGAUGGCAGCUCUCCAAAGCCCUUUCUAUGGAGAUAAAAUGAAUCUCUUUGCCCUCUGCCAGAAGAUUGAGCAGUGUGACUACCCGCCUCUCCCGGGAGAGCACUACUCUGAGAAGUUACGAGAACUGGUCAGUAUGUGCAUCUACCCUGACCCCAACCAGAGGCCUGACAUUGGGUACGUGCACCAGGUGGCCAAACAGAUGCACGUCUGGACAUCAAGCACCUGAGCAGACGGACCGUGCCUUACCAAAACCCAGCACCUCUCUGCCUUACUUGAGUUUUCUCUCCAAAGUGGCCACCCGGUAGCCUAGAACAGCUAAGACGCAGCGUUCAGAAAGUUCCCCCAAAGGGGGUCCCCCACAUUACACUCAGUGCACACAGCUGGGGGGAGUGGCGCUGAUGGUCAGAUUCAAAAGUCCUUUCUUCGUACCGUGUGGACAAUCUCAGUGGGGUUGUUGACAGGGCUAGGUGGUCCACUGAGCCAUCAAAGCCCCCUUGUAUCUGGAUUGUAAUGUGAAUCUUUAGGAUAAUUCUUCCAGUGACCUGUCAAGGUAUAUGCUUGUAGGAGACUUGCAGGGGACUGCGUGAUUUGUGUAGUGAGCCUUUGAAAAUGGUUAGUACCAGGUUUAGUUCUUAGUUAUCUUUUCAAACAAUCAAGCUGUUGUGCUUAAUUUACUCUGUUGUAAAGGGAUAAAAUCCAAGUAGAAUGGCGAUUUAGCUAAAAUUUUCAUCUACAUUUUAUAACUUGAUGGAUGACGAUGAUGAGAACCUAGCAUCUGUCCUAGAGCUCCACAAGGCAAAUGGUGUUUGAAAGCCAGGACUAUUUUCCUUGCAGCCUGGUUCAGCCAUCUUCUCCUGAACACCUGCCUGGUACCAGGCACGUGACAUUGCUGGCAGUUCAUUUCAUGAUCAGUGUUACGCAUCCUCCUCCAUGGGAUACAAAAAGCAUGAGGACAAUGCCCAGGCCUGUCCUUUACAAAUUAUGGUUCUGCAACUUCCUUUUGUGACUUUGGGUAAGUUUCUUAGCCAUUCUGAGCCUUAGUUUCCUCAUCUGUAAAAUGAGAUUAAUAAUAUCGACUUUUAGGGUUGCGGACAGAAUUUAGAAUAAAAUAUGCAAAUGAGCUAAUACAACAUAGAUGACCCCAUAAUGGUAGUCACUCACCCCUUCACAAAACUGAAGUCCAUGGACCACAUAAGUCAAGAAUUAAAGUACAACUGUAUUAUGUGUAGGAAACCAGAAAUGUGUUCAUUUAUUUCUUAUUCCCAAAUAGGAUUAACUGUGAAGACUGAUUCAUAAAUGUGAACUUAAGAAAACUCAAGUUCAGAAGGAAAUAGUUUGAAUUUUGUUUCUAUACUCAAAUUAACCCUCAGAAGCUGCCAUCCCUGAUCUGGUGAUAGUUCAGCCCUGCAGAGAGCACCACUGGCGUCUUGGGGAGGUGCUUCCAGGGCUGGCCAUUGCUCUUGUCUCCAUGUGUGGACUCUGUCGGCUGGGACCACUGUUGGGCUUGGGAGACUUCAGACGUGGCUUUCCUCUGUACUUGUUCUCCAUGUUUGAAAUAAGGGGGGGGAGGGGAAUGAGGAGAGCUACUUCUGUGAAGGGCUACAAUUCAUCCAUGAUUUCAAAACAGCUUUGGAGAUUUGACUCUUAAACCAAUAGAUCCAAAA